AUGGAUGUCGAAUAUGGUGGUUCAAGGAGCUUCAGCAAAUACAUGUGGAGAAAGGAAGAAAAGACGCCACUGAGUUAUAAGAAAAAAUAUAGCGCAGAAAUAGAAGAGAGCGGUAGCCAUGGAAAUUUGAACAAUCGUUCAUUAUUUGCGGAUUGCAAUUUUUAUAUUGAUGAUUUUGUUAGUUUAUUUUCACUUUACAAUUCGUAUGAUAAGGACAGCAGAAACAAGAGUAGCAACACUAGGAAUAGCAAUAGUAACAAUAAUAACAACCAAUAUUGUAAGAAUGACAAUGAGAGUUAUUCAAAAAGGACAACACUACACACGGAUGACGAAAACAAAUUAAAGUACCCUAACGAGUGGACUUGUUUCAUGAACAACAGUGUGGAUGAUAAAACAGUAUAUAGGUACCACAAUGACAUGAACAGUCAAGCAAAUUUCAGUACACCAUAUAAUAACUACAGCGUGGGUGAGGAUAAUAACAAGCAUGGCCACUUACCUUGCAACGAUUUACCUUGUAACGAUUUACCGGAUUACAAUAAUGAGAAAGGGGAAUAUGGAAAACUACAUAACCAUGCAGUGGAAAAUGAAGAUGAAUAUAUGAUGCUAGAUAAGACCCCGAUAAAAAGUAGCAAUUUUAAUAUAGUAGACCCCGUGUUUGAUAAAAAUGAAAAUAGGAAUGAGUUUGACACGUUCAUGAAAAGAUAUGAAAGUGUAUAUUCUAGAAAACGAAAUGUUCGUGCUUCUUACAUCAACAAGAAAGAAGAAUUAGAAAUAAUGAUAAUACAAAAUGGAGGAAUUAUACAUAAUGCCUUAACUAGCAGGGUAACACAUAUAAUUAGCAACAAUAUGGCAUUAGGUUCAAAGAAAUAUAUGGAUUAUAAAAAGGCAGUUAAAAAAUCCAAAGUUUUUAUAGUAGUAGACAAGUACAUAUCCGAUUGCGUUAGUUUUCAGUGCAGGUUGCCUGAACAGUCAUAUUUACCUUCCUUACUACGUUACAAUAGUCGUCCUAUAACUGAUUUUUUUUCCAUUAAGAAGAGAAAAUAUAACAAUGGACAUUCUUCUUUAAUUAAGAAAAUAGAAACGAAAGAAAAUGCGAAUGUAUCCAAUGUGUUAAGGGAAAAUUCAAUCCCCAUUUCAUCUUACGAAGAGAGAAAAAUCGACUUAAGUUUGGGAAAUUUUCAGAAGAAGGAUCUAAUGAACUAUUGUAAUGAACAAAGGGAACAUGCCAAGUGUGGAGAAAUUACUAUGAAUGAUCAACCUUUUUCUGUGGAAAGGGAAACGUGUAUCUCGAAUUAUGAGUUACAAGAUAGGAAGAAUAACAUUACUCAGAGAGACAAAAAUUUGCUAAUAUUGAACAUGCAAAUGAGUUAUGAAAAUUUAAAAAAAUACAUAUUAUAUAAUUCUUUUGAAUAUUUUAAAAGGUUACGUAAGUUUUACCUGAACAAAGAAUUAAAGGAAAAUGCAUUUCCAAAUGUUUCCUCCAAUUUGUAUAUAAAUAGUGAUACAUUUGAAGAAUUUUCAAGAAAAUACAGAAUAUUAAAUCAUCUCAGUAAGCAAGAAAUAGAUUGGAUUAAAAAGAAAAGUGAGUUAAAUAUAAAUAUAAGAAAUGUGUGGGAAAAUGAUAUAAUUCAUUUUUUUUUCGACAUUGUGUUAAAAGCAAGGAGUCAAUUCGAAGUUGUUUCAACCGCUGGGUCCACGAUUAAGAAUAAUCAUAAUGAUAACAAUGGUGAUAGUAAUGGUGAUAACAAUGGUGAUAGUAAUGGUGAUAACAAUGGUGAUAGUAAUGGUGAUAACAAUGGUGAUAGUAAUGGUGAUAGUAAUGAUGAUAACAAUGGUGAUAAUAAUGGUGAUAAUAGUAAUGAAACCGUUGCUAUUGCAGCUUCUGCCUCUGAUGGUAAUCGCGUAAUCGACAGGGAGAAAGCUUCUGACAAGUUAAUCGAAAGCGUGAGCGCUUAUUUACACAACUCCAGAUUAUACAUACUAGGAAACUGGAACUACAUAAGCCGUGAAUUUUUUCAAUUUGAAGAUAUAAAAGAAAAUGAUAAGCGUAAAUUUGUUUAUUUAUAUAUCGACUUUGAUAAUUAUUUCUUAAAUGCAAGUGUAAAAAGUGCAAAUAAUCAAUAUAGUAAGAAGAACAAAAUAAAAAAUCAUGAAAUAUUAUGUGUAUGCCAUAGCUUAAAGAAAAGAGAAAGUUAUGGAAUUAUAAGUGCUACCAAUUAUUGGGGGAAAAAAAAUAAAAUUGUAAAAGGGAUGGUAAAAGGGGAUGUAACAAAAAUGCAUAAAAAUAACAUCCAUUUUGUAAAAUAUGAUUUUUCCAACAUACUAAGAUGUAGUUAUUUAUUUCUGUUAGUUCUCAUCAAUUAUUCGAAAAAUGUAAGAGUAUUAUCAGUUGAUGAAUCUAUACUUCAAUUAUUUUAUGAAAAUGAAGAAGAUAUUUUUUUAACAGCUAAACGAAUUUCUGAUGAUAUUUACAAUUUAACCAAUCUCAGUAUAUCCAUAGGAAUUUCUUCUGAUUUGACAAUGUCUAAAAAAGCGUUAAAAUUUUGCAAAAAACGGUUUUUAUUUUUUGAUUAUUAUCAUCAUUUUUGUAUAUUUAUCAUGAAAAAAUAUAUUCUUAAUGAGAAGAAAAAAAAUCAGAACAGUAAUUCUAUGAAAUGGGUUCAUAGCAGAAACUCAAAUCACGAUAUGGUGAAGCAACAUGCCACCUUAAAAAAUGAUAAACAUCUGGAUAAGCAUAACGAUAGUGGAGACACACAUAAUAUCAACAUUAAAUAUCCCUUUAAAAUGGACAAUAAAAAAGAUGACAUAAUUAGAAUCAAUAAUUGUUCCAUGGAGGACGACAAACUUGAAAAUAUGGCAUUGAAUUAUGAAGAAUUGAAAAAUUUGUUCAACGAAUAUAUUAUCUCUGAAGAGGAAAGGAAAUUAUCAAAGGAGAACGGACAAGAUAAACGGAGUGUAAGCGAUCUGAAUGGUUCAUACUGUGUUGAUAAAGAGGAUGGAAAGAAGCAGCUACAGGUGGAGGGGGAGAAGGAUAAUGCUGCUAAUACAUGUAAUGUUAGUGCUGAAUCAGAUGCUGAUAUGUACUUCCUAAACGCCAUGAAAGAAAUAAGAGAAAAAAAGGUUGAUUUAAUUUUUAACAAGUUUAUUGAAAUGAACGAACAUAAUUUGGAAUAUAUAAUGGACACCUUUUUUGAUAGGGUUAUCCAUCCAAUAAGCAGAUUUUUCUUUUUUUAUAAAAAGAAUGAACACUAUUUGGACAUUUUAAAAAAGUUAAAUUAUUUAAGUGGUGAAUUUGUGCACUUUAAUAUUUAUUAUUUACCUCAUGACAAAACGGUGCCUUUACAAUUUGAUAACCAACAGGAGGCAGCUUUGAAAAAACUGCAAAAAAAAAACAUGCACAAAGUAGAAGAAGAAGAAGAAGAGGAAGGAGAAGGGGGGAAAUGGAAAAAGAGCAUAAAUAUCAGUGUCAAUUAUGGGGUCCGUUUUCAAAAAAUUAAUGAUUUUUAUUUUCUUAUUUAUUUCAUGACCAAACAAUUGUAUAUACGAUUAAAAAUAAAAAAUUUGAAAGCCAAAUCUAUAAAUGUCCAUUUCUUUUUUAAAGAGCCAAACGAAAAUGUUGAUCCAAUUAAAUAUCUAGGACGAGGAAAGGUCGUUAGAAUAACUACCAAGAUUAAGCUAAACCAUUACACGGAUUGCUUUUUUAUAUUCUUUUUUAAAAUCAUUUACAAUUUUUAUGAUUUGACGGAUAAUUUGAUUGAUCUUAGGGGUGUUCAAAUUGUCUGCUCUGAUAUCAUGAGUGCCAACUUCUGCCAUGCACAGGGCAAGAAAAGCAUCUUGUAUUACUUCUGCGUGGAGAAAAGUGGGGAUUCAACGAAAAGGAAAAAAAUGGACACGGUGCAAACACGAGAGACACAAGUGAAUACUGUAAUGGAGCAGAGCAUCAAAGGGGUCGAAAAAAUGGUGCCGGAUAAUAGCCACAACCGUGGUCACCAGCAUCGUCGAGGUCGUGGCAGGAACUUGAAUCCCAGAGGCUCUUCCAACCUGUACGCUGGCAGAUGCAUGAAAAGCAUUUUGUGGUAUUUUUUCAACGUGAAAAAUGAAACAGGUGAUAGGAAAAAAGCCGAUACAUCGAGUAACAAAUGUGUUCCCUUUUCGCUUGAAAAUGGUGCAAAAAAGGACGGAAAAAAGGGCGAAAAAAAAAGCGAAAAAAAACAAAAUAACGGAAAUAUGAUUGCAAAAAAAACUCAUUUAUCACGUGCUAGUAAGAGUAUGGCGAAAAAAAUAAAUAUUACAAAAAAUUACAAAAUUUUUGACUUUUUCCCAAGCAUUUUGAUAAAGAGGAAAAAGCGAAAUAGUGAUGCAGGUGUGUAUAAUGAUGAUAUGAAAAAAUGGAUAAAUGGAAAUACAGUAAUAACACAGAAAAACAUAUUCGAUAGCAUAAUUAACAGAAAAAUAAAGAAAGAAGUUCAGAUUAAAGAGGAAUUAAAUUGUUGCUAUAUGUGUUAUAAAGAAAUUCUUGAACAUGUAAUGGAAAAACAGAAAAGUACUACUAACAUUACCAUGCAUAGCAAUCAUUACAUUUGUAAAGAUGAAUCUGUAAAUGAUAACAUAUUUUGUUAUUCUUAUAUUAUCCAUUCUUUGUAUUCAAUGAAUCAAGAGAAUGAAAAAUUUAAUUUGUAUGCUUAUACAAAAGAAAUGAUUUCUUCCUAUAUAUCAUAUUUCAAAAUAUUAUUUUAUAAGCAUGAAUGUUGUAACGAUUCCCCUGAUCAGUAUUAUCUCCUCAAGUUUCUUGCAACUGUUGUCGAUAACUUAUGUGAAGAGUUACACCGCACGAGACUCCUAGACGUGCUUCAUAAAUUUUUAAAAAAUUUUAAGCAUAUUUGGUGUUUGAAUGAAAGCGGCAGUCCCUUCCCCCCUCUGCUGCACAGAACGAUGGUGAAGUACGACGUGCAUUAA